CAAGCUAAACCGAAAACCAAAGAGCGGGCCGCGUCGGAGAGUGAGGCGCCGACGACAAGCUUCGAAAAUGGAGGAACUCUCGCGUAGAGUUCGUCCGGGGAGAUUUGGGUUUGCACUGAAUUGCCCGAAGUUUUCGGACCGGGUACUGCGCAUAGAGGUGGUCGGCUCGGUCGCCAGCGACGCCGCUUCUGUCGCCGGCGAUGCUUCCUCAAGUUCCAGGGGACACUCGGAUGAGUCGGCGCGCCCCUUGAAGCGCAGCCGUGACGAGUUCCCCGCCGCCGUAUCUCCUCCGCCAAUCCCCAACCGCGCAGUUAAUGAAUCACCACAUGACGACUCUUUAGGCACCCUUCCUCCAAUUGUUAGGCUAAAGAAAAUACAUGUAUCUUCAGUAAUACUUGCCGGAAGCAGUGAUUACUUCAAGAAGUUAUUCACGAAUGGCAUGCUAGAGUCCACACAAAAAGAAGUCACACUUAGGAUCAGGGAAGCAGAAGAGAUGCCACUGCAGCACCUUUUAAGCUUCAUGUACGGAGAAGAAAUAUUAACAACUGAUCCUGCCCAUAUUAUUGGCAUUCUGAUGGUCGCUGACAAGUACCAGGUCCUAAGCUGUGUAACUCAUUGCUCCGAAUUGCUCACAACAUGCCCUAUAUCCACAGAAGUUGCUCUGUUAUACCUCAACCUUGAUUGCUCUAUCCCAACUGCGCUUGAGCCUGCAAAAGAUGCAGCCAAAAAGUUUCUAUGCAACAAGUAUCAGGACUUCUUGAGGUUUGAACAUGAGAUCAUGGACAUUGGCCCAUCAGGACUUGCAGCAAUUCUUUCGAGCAGCGACCUCAAGGUCCCUUCAGAAGAUUACUUAUUCGACUUCAUAGUCAAUUGGGGUCGCAUCCAAUACCCUGACCGAGGGGAGAGGCGUACUGUGUUCAGCUCCUUGCUUCCGCUGAUCCGUUACAGCCAUCUUUCAUGUGGCAAGCUUAGCAAAAUCAUGAAGUGCCAAGAUAUAGAUCUGAAUGUGGCAAGGCUUCCACUCGUUCGGGCAUUGUUCUUCAAAAGUGACCCCGUAAGCAGACAGCAUCUCAUUGAUGGGCCAGAGCCUUGGAGCUAUGAACAGCGGGCGUAUCUGUAUAGACCUCUGGAAGUGAUGCAGUUACAUCGUCCCGUGAAGCAGUGUAUGGUCUACAUGGAUCUAAACACUGACGACUGCUCCAAAAUGUUCCCCACCGGAUCUAUAUUGUCAGAGGCGUUUCACUUUGCAAAGAGUGACUUCUUUCUAACAGCAGGCUGUAUUGUUCAGCAGCCAGGUCCUCUGCACAGCUUUGGGCUAUUCCUAGGGGUGACAGGUGAUUGCCCGUUGCCCGUUACAGUAAAGUACGAGUUCUCUGCAAGGGCAAAGCCUUCUGGAGACUUUAUUGUCAAGUGGAGUUACACACACACCUUCACCCAAGCUGAUGUUCGAAUGGGGAGGCGAAAUCUCUUCUCCAUGCCAUGGGCCGCGUUUGUGGACUAUGACAACAAUCCGUGGUUCAUUGGUGGAGUUAUGUACCUUAGGGCCAUCUUAACCCUAGUGAUAGAGUAGCCCUUGGUUUGUAGAGAUGUUUGAGUCAUGAUUGGCUGACUUUGCUUUGGGUAAAACUGCCUUGUCCUCGGUUUAUAUUUUUGCGGUAGCGAGUUACUUGUGGGAAUGUGAAUCUGUAAAGAUUGGGGUCUUCUGUUGAUACUUGACACAUGGGUGUUGAUACUUGACAUAUGGGUGCUCAACCCUGUGAAUUUUUGGUCAGUUACAAAGAGUAAACAGUUCAGUUCUGCUUCAGCUCAAGGGUGAUUUCUUUCAGAUUUUAGUGCAGUAUAAUGUUGCAUCUUCAUCUUGCUAUUAUGUUCCGGGAUUACACAUAGUUAGCAGUUCUGCUGAGUUCUGAGGCUUGUAAAAUACACUCAUAUGGCAGAUCAGUUGGUUCCCUGAAAUUUUAA